AUGUUUGAGGUGAAUGAGAACUACACGCGUGUGUCAGAGUUUGUGAUCGUGGGCUUCCCGGGCCUCCAUCCAUCCUUCAACCAGCUGGUGGCCUGGUUCUUCUUCUUCAUCUAUGUGAUCACGGUGGUGGGGAACAUCCUGCUGGUGGUGCUGUUUGCCCUGGAGCGCAGCCUGCAGAAACCCAUGUACAUCAUCAUGCUCAGCCUGGCACUGUCAGAUAUAGGCUUCUGCACGGUGGCCCUUCCCAAGUGAUAGCUGUACUGGUGGGACGACGCUGGCAUCUCUUUCUAUCUGUGUCUGAUACAGAACCAAUUCAUCCACUAUUUGAACACUCACCUCUCUCAUCAUGAUGACCAUGGCUAUGGACAAUACCGGUACACUGAGCUGAUGACCAACAGGACCAUGUCUCUCCUAACAGCCCUGUCCUGGGUGUCAGCCAUGAUAUCUCCAGCCAUCACCACCAUCCAGUCAUCCCAGAUGCCUUUCUGUGGCGCCAACCGCAUCAUCCACUGCUACUGCGACACCUCAUCUCUCAACCAGCUGUCGUGUGCUGACAUCUCGUCCCAGAGCAGAGGCAGGCUGAAGACCUUCUCUACCUGUGUUACUCAGGGCUGUAUCAUCAGUAUUUACUACAUCCCCCGCUUCACAGUGUACGCUACACCCUACAUCCCCAACAUGACCAUGACCCCUGACCUCCGCAUCGGCCUCACCAUUCUUUACAG